AUGAAACAAAUGUCGCUUUCACGUGAUGCCACGAGGAACGAUUUCAAUGCUUCAAUUCAAACACCAAUCUACGGUUCUAUAGAACAUAUUCUCUCCUUAAAGUAUGAUUUAUCCCAAAAGAAACCUCUUCCAAAACAUGUCAAACGUUUCUAUGAACAUCAAAAUUCAAUGAUUGAUAAAUAUGCUAGUCUUAUCAAUGAAACUAUCGAAGAAAGUAUCGAUGAAACUACCCGAAAACUUCGAAGACGUGUUCGACUUCUCACUACUCUGUCUCUAAUCAUAAACGUGUGUUUAUUUUUGUUCAAAAUCAUUGCCUCAAUUCUAUCCAAUUCCUUAUCCAUCAUAUCCAGUGUCGUUGACUCCGCUGUUGAUUUAGUUUCAAGUUUAAUUCUCUUCUGGACUGCGCGCGCCAUACGCAAUCGAAAUCAAUACCGAUAUCCCGCUGGACGUACACGGCUUGAACCCGUAGCCAUUAUUAUUCUCUCUGUGAUCAUGUGUUCUGCAUCUGCUGAAAUACUUACUGAAGCAUUGAAACGCUUGCUCACUUACGUUAGAUAUUUUACUCAUCAGACUAAUGAAAUUCCUGAAGUGAAUAUGAAUAUUAAACAACCAAUUCCAAUCGUUGCUAUGUGUAUAACUAUCAUACUGAAGAUUGUCCUGUACUAUUUCUGUCGCAAUGUCAAAGUGGAAACCGUCAAAGCACUUGCGCAAGACCAUCGAAAUGAUAUUUUAUCGAAUUUUGUUUCUCUGAUUUCAGGAUUGAUUGCUGGUCAAACACUUUCCGGCCAAAUCAAUAUCCGAUUUGUUGUCAUUGAUCCAAUUGGUGCUAUCGUGAUUUCCAUUUACAUCAUUAUCUCCUGGGUUUCACAAGCAACAUUACAUAUUCGUCAUUUAACGGGUGUUACUGCUGAUCCGGAUUCUCUGAAAUUAAUUACUUGGAUUGCCAUGAAUUUCUCUUCGCAUCUGACAAAGAUCGAUAUGGUUAAAGCAUUUCAUUUUGUGGAUAUUGGAUUACCAGGUACGAUGCAAAUUCAGCAAGCACAUGAUAUUGGAAGUCAUCUUCAAAGAAAAUUAGAAACGAUGCCUGAAAUCGCACGUGCUUUUGUUCAUAUUGACUAUGAAUUCGAACACCGACCUGAUGAACAUAAACAGAUCUGA